UGAAUAAUUAAUUACUAUUAUUAUCACUAAUAGGGGGUGGGGCAGCCAUGCCCAUCCCCAGGGCUGGGGAGUCCCCGCAGGGGAGCGGGGCCCGCCGGGCGCUGGGCUCCUCCGCCCUCCCUCUGCCUGCCCGCCGCCUCGCCAGCCCCCGCGCCCCGCUUCUCCCCCCUCCUUCCCCGGCUGUGGCAAAUCCUGCACUGCAAGAUAUCCGCUGGGCAUAGGGAGGGGAUCUCUCUGUUGUUGUGUUUUUUUCCUUCUUCCCUCCCCCCCCCCCCGCUCCGUCUCCCUACCCUCCACUUGAGACCUGAGGAAAUCCAGCCCAAGUUCUCUGCGAUGACUGCGCUGCUGGCAUCGGGGUUUCUCCACGGCAUCCCUGCCUCCGGAGCGCCGCGCCGCUGCUCGCUCUGAAUCCUCGGCGCCGGGUGAAAGCUUAAUUCUCAUGCCGUGGUUGCUGGGCUGCUGCUUUCCUGCGUUUUGCGAUGGGAGGUGGAGGAGAAGGGAUUGUCCUUGAGUCAACGCUGAAAAUGUGAUUAGGAAGAACUGCUUUCACUAAUUUUUGUCUAACCUUUUAGUCCAUGUUGGCCUGUGACCCCUCGCAGCUUUCAGACCGAGCCUGAUUAGGUAAGUGUGAAUUAUUCACUAGGGGCGAGGGACGGUGGAUGGAAGCGUUUUAAUCAGGCACUUAGCGAUGGUCCUGGCUCCUCUCCCGAUGAGAAAUGAUGAGAAAGUUGGGCUGUAAACUAAUUGCGAGCAGAGCGGCGCUUGUUUACUUGUUGCAGUCUGUCGGUGGGAGCUGCCUGCAGUCUGUCUGAUCUCCACCUGGCAGUUGCUGUGGGACAGCUCGGAUGGCCACGAGCUGUAGGAAACACUGUGCUCUUAUUUAUGAGCUUCAGAGAACUUUUGGUUUUUAAUUUGGAGAGCUCCCUCCUCCAACUUCAGCACCUUCUCUCCAUUGUUCCAUGUUUCCCCAGACGUGAAUUACUUCAUUUUCUCCUGCUGUGUUGUGUUUGUUUGUUUGUUUCCUAAAUAUCCACCAAUCUGCAGUAUUGCAACCUACCUGUAGCAUUUAGGUGGGCAUCCACUUUGAAGCCAGCUAGAACAGCAUGAACCUCCCGAAUCCCAAACAGCAUGUUACAAUAGGUGCUGCUGGCAGGUGUAAGAGGAUGCCCGGUCCUUGUGCUAGGAAUGCAGCUAGCACUUCAAUUAAGAAGAUAUCUUUUGAAUUUGAUAAAGCUUGUGUAAUAUCCGGUGUCUCCCUCUGUUGUGGCUUUGGAAAAACUGCUUUGUCAACAGGAUCCCUCAACUGCUUUUCCAGGAGUAAAGCUUGCUGCCACUGCUGCUUUCCUUCAGCUAAGGAGAAUGAAUUGCUCAACAUCUGCAGGUCGUCUAAAAUCCCAGUGCUGAAGGAAUACCCCCUGGGGGUAGAGGGGGGCAUGUUUGGCUGUGUAGGCGAUGCGCGUUGUGCGCUGUGCAUCUGCCUGCCCGCAGACAAGCCGUGCUUGGUGAGUGCUUCCCCUCCUCAAUGCAAAGCUAACAUCUUAUCUCGCUGAAAAGUUUGCUGCAGCACUUUGCCUGGUCCUCCGUGGAGGGGUCAGAAGCCACGGCACAGCUGCUGCUCGCGGGCUGGGCGGUGAUGUGGCACGGCAGGCAACCAAUCGCACACCCAGGGAUGCACGGAGCCUCUCUCCGAGCUCAGCCCUGGGGCCAGGCAGAGCUUCUUUUUCCCUCUGUGGAGCUGAGCACGGCCAGGUUGGGCAGUGCUGCGGUGCUCCUGAAGUUUUAGUGAGGUUCCAGCCACGAUUCAGCAGCUCUGCACACCACGCAGGCAUUUAGCAUCCUGCUCUCAGCAUUUCUCCCAGGGAAGCACCGGAAUGCUGAAUACUGGAGGAGAAUCGUGUUGUGUAUUCGGUCAGGAUCAUACAGACCUGCUGCUGGCAGACCAGGCAGCUCCUCUUCCUUCUCCUAAAUGCUGCAUGUGAAACUCUGCUGCUCCACCUCUCAUGCACCGCGUACAGUCCAGCUCCAUCUUCUAUGCUGGAUGCAGAUCUGCCUGCAGAGUGUGCUUCCCUUGUUCUUCAGCCCCCCUCUGUUUGAUGAACAGGGCUGUGUGCCACACAGAAGGACCGAUGGCCACAGCAGGAGGUUAAGGCCACGCUUAAGCUGGGGCUCAAAUCCCUCUGGGCUGUCCGUGCCCAUGCAACUCCAGGCAGCUGCUGUAACUUCUGGUGCAACAGGAAACUCUGCACACAAGGGAAAUAAAAAUGAGGUGAUCCUCUGAGCCAUCGUUUGUAUAGAGAUGUUUUGUGGGCAUACACUUACAGAAGUGUGUCUAAUUUAUGUAUUUCAUGUGCUUUAUUCUCAUUACACAUAACUCAGGAGGGGCUUAUUCCAAAUGAAGCAGUGAUAGCUAUCUGCACAGUUUGAAAGCACUGAUUUAUUCUUUCGUGCUGGUUGAAGGUACAGCCCUUAUUAGUUGAUGUUCCUUAAUACUUUGAAUUCUCACUUAAAAAUGUUUGCUUUCAGACCACGACACUGGUCUCCUUAUGGAAGCAGCUGUUUCUAUCCGGCCCUGAGAUCCCAUGGAGAAGCUGAGGAGGGGGAUGGCUCUUCACAUCCAUGAAGCCUGGAUACUGCUGUUUGUAAUCCCUGGCUUGGUCACGCCGGCUGCCAUCAACCACGAAGAUUACCCCGCCGAUGAAGGGGACCAGACCUCCAGCAAUGACAAUCUGAUCUUUGAUGACUACCGGGGGAAGGGUUGUGUGGAUGACAGUGGCUUUGUGUACAAACUGGGAGAACGCUUUUUCCCGGGGCAUUCCAACUGUCCCUGCGUUUGUACUGAGGAUGGACCUGUUUGCGACCAACCCGAAUGCCCUAAAAUCCACCCAAAGUGUACAAAAGUGGAACACAAUGGAUGCUGUCCAGAAUGCAAGGAAGUGAAAAACUUUUGUGAAUAUCAUGGAAAAAAUUACAAAAUAUUGGAGGAAUUUAAGCCCUCGCCAUGCGAAUGGUGUCGCUGCGAGCCCAGCAAUGAAGUUCACUGUGUUGUAGCAGACUGCGCAGUUCCCGAGUGUGUCAACCCGGUCUAUGAACCAGAGCAGUGUUGUCCGGUCUGCAAAAAUGGUCCCAACUGCUUCGCAGGAACCACCAUCAUCCCCGCGGGCAUCGAGGUGAAGGUAGACGACUGCAACAUCUGCCACUGCCACAACGGGGACUGGUGGAAGCCGGCGCAGUGCUCCAAGCGCGAGUGCCAGGGCAAGCAGGCUCUGUAGCAGCAGAACCCCUCACUGCCACCGCGAGCACGGCUCCAACGCGUCCCAGCUCCUCCAGCUGCUGCAGGGUCACCACCGAGGCCACCGGGCGCUCGUGGCGGGACAGGGUUUCCCUCCCUGCCCUCUUGCUUUCGGCCCCACGUACCCAGCACCUAGGUAGCUGCUCCGCUUUCGUGAUUAUCGGCGCUCGGUAGGGAUUCCGUGGUGAGAUGUGGAGGGGGAAGAGAAGAGAGAACGCAACGUCCUGCGCAAGCUCUUUGACUGGCGAUGGCUGCGAGGCGCCGCUUCGCUCACCGCUCUCACUUCCGACGGCGCGGAUUGCGGUUUUCCACGGUCAUUUCUUUUGCUGUUGUGAUUUAUUUAUGACAACUUUUUUAAGCCGAAGCUGGGAUGGUCGGGGCAAUACAGCUAUGAGCGAAGCAGCGGGCGGUCUCCGUGGUGUCUGUGGGGGGGCACGAAGGACAGGAGGGGGCAUGGGCCAGCAGCGGGGACGGGGCUGAGCCCGACGCUGGGUCUGUGCUGACCUUCCCCACCGCGUGGGGACAGCGAUGCUGAGGAUGGGCACCUUGAGCUUGUGGCCUUGUCCUCGCGAGGACAUCAAGAGCACGGCGUCUUACCCAGGUCGGAGAGCAGUGGUGUUUCCCCGCAGCUCCUGCGCUGGGGGCCGGUUGCUCUCCCUCUGAUUCACUAGUACUGUGCCAGUCACCGCUCACACUUAGUUUGCUGCUUUUUGCCCAUUGCCAUUAGGAUGAGGGUGGUUAUUUCGGUCAGCCUUCAGCCCAGCACCGGCUCUUAGCAGCGACGAUGGCAAAUCCAACCAGCACAUGCGUUGAGGCGGCCUCGGUUGGUGCACAGCUGCCUUGGUAUUUUCAUUUCUUCUCCGUUUUGUGUUUCAGCAGAGGGCAGAUCCUUAGCUGGGGUGGGACGAGCACAGGCGCAACCGCUGCUGUGCUUGGGCUGAUGAUGUUCUCCCUGCUGGCACCACAGACAAAGCCAUGGUCACCUUGGUUUGUCAGCUGCUCUCUGCCGAUGACCAUCCAUCCCUUUUCAAAGUUUUCAAACAAUAGCGUGCCUGAAACUAGUGAGGGAAAAACAAAAAAGCCUAUUCUGUAAAAAAAGAAAAAGAAAAAAAAAAAAAAUUCUAGAAACAAUGUGUAAAAAGAUAUAUUAUUAAAAAAUAAUUAUUUUGUUAAAUAUAAAGUGUGUGAACCAGCAAAAAAGCCCUCUAUAUCUGUGGUGUAUUUUCCUCUGCUGAUUUCCCUGCCCCAGUUCCCCACUUUGCCAUCACAUCGCCUGCAGCUCCAAGGCCCUCCCCUCAACCUCCCACGUGCUCUCUUCCUUUCACUGGUGCCGUUUGAUAUUCAGCCCCAUGUCCCAAAUGUGGGAAUUUGCUUUCCGUUCACAAACUCCUUUUGCUACCUCCAGAUGCAUCAUUAUUUACACUGAUUAGUAGUUACUCUAAUUAAUUACAGCUUAAUUACUGUAGUUGAUGUUUGUACAGUGCUUGGAACAAGUACGGUGCUAUACGUGCCGCAUAUUAUUAUUUUCUCCAUUAUUAAUUAAACACCAUCAACAUUC